ACCGCGCGCGCCAGCGUCAGACACAAAACGGGGGAGGUUGCUCAUAUCUUUGGUGCUAAAACGUCUUCCUUUUAUCUGACGUACGUCUGCUUUCAUUUCCGUUCACUGUAAAUAUCACUUCGUCGUCUGAAUGGCUGAGUCUCCACAGAUAUUUUUAUUAUUCUCUUGUGUGCCGUUCUUUUUUCUUUUGUUUCUUUUUUUGUCUCCGCUUGUCUCGGAGCUAAAUGACAGUUAGCCUAGCAGCGUCUCUACUCCCUGUAACGUUAGAUGGACUAAAAAAAAAAAGUGGCCUAAAAAUCAAAUAAAUGAAAACCCCUUUCAGGACCAGCUCUUAGAUGUCUCUCAACAGUUACAAACCAGCAAAGGUCAAGAGGACGCAGCAAAGGUGUUUACGAAGGGAAAGAAAAUAAGUCCUGGUGCUGAGAAAGAGAGUGAAAAGGAAAACGGAGGAGGACCGCAGCAGCAGCUGGUCGGCAGCUAAAGUGAAAGAAAAACAGCAACAUCCCUGUGAUGGCAAACGAGCCGGUUAUUCUCAACGUGUAUGAUAUGAAUGACUUUUUACCAGAACGGGGCACACAAGAGGAGCGUGAUGGUGAAUGAAACAUUUGUUGGAGCAUCAGAUGACUCAUUGCCUCAGAGAAGCAUUCAACGACAGACUCCACAGCAUCCUCGAAAAGGCCGGAGGGAGUGAUCGGUGCAUUGAGUACUGGAUCAAUGAGUUCACUACCUCUCUGGGAAUUGGAGUCUUUCACUCAGGAAUUGAGAUCUAUGGCAGAGAGUUUGCCUAUGGAGGACAUCCUUAUCCUUUUUCAGGUAUUUUUGAGAUAACACCCGGUGACGCCACUGAACUGGGAGAGACAUUCAAAUUCAAAGAGGCCAUUGUUUUAGGUAGCACAGACUUCACGGAAGAGGAUGUGGAGAGAAUUGUGGAGGAAAUGGGGAAGGAAUAUAAGGGGAACGCCUAUCACCUCAUGCACAAGAACUGCAAUCACUUUUCCUCAGCACUAUCAGAGAUCCUCUGUGGUCGAGAGAUCCCACGCUGGGUGAACCGGCUGGCCUACUUCAGCUCUUGUGUGCCCUUCCUUCAGAGCUGCCUGCCAAAGGAGUGGUUGACGCCGGCCGCACUGCAGUCCAGUGUUAGUCAGGAGCUCCAGGGAGAGCUGGAGGAGGCCGAAGAUGCUGCAGCCUCUGCCUCAAUGCCUUCCUGCGCGGUGGCACCCGCUCCCAGACCAACCUGACACCAACCACGCCGAUGAACCCUGCUGCCUUGAGUGACAGGCCUCUGGUCUGAGCCGUUUCACAGCUUCUUCUGCCAAUAGACCCCUCACCCCUUCUCCUCAGAGACUAGCAAUUCACCAGCGGACUAGAUGAAACCCACCUUCUGUGUUCACUGAUUUAUUUCAGUACGCUCAAGUGACCGUUACGGGCCUGGAAACUAUUAAUCUUGUUAAUGGUAAAAACUUAAUUGGGUUCGUCAGUGUUUUAAAUUGUUUUUUUGCCUUUUAUGUUUUGUUUUAAAAACUCAGGACUCGAAUACAAUGGCUAUGUUUAUUGAUUUGUAUUUUUUUUUAAUGCUUUUCUUACGCUGGAGUUGCUCACUAGCCUUUUCCCCCUUUUUCCUACAGAAAGCACCUAGUCAGUGAAUAUGAGACAUUUUUUUAUGGAGAACAUUUGUUUACAGAUUUCUUGCGUUCCAAUCCGUGUAUGAUUGUGUUGUUGUGUGCGGGUUACGAAAGCCAAAUCUCCACACUUUUGUACUGACACACAUCCCACACUUUGGUGACUGUGCCUGAAGAUUUUUACCAUUACGUGCUCCGAGAGCUCUGCACUCUUCCUCUGCAGAUCUCGACCUGUUCAGUCUGCUUUGAGUGGCAGACUUCUUAUCCUAUGAGACCUCCCUCAGAUCUUUUACACCUUUUUAGUUUUUAGAGUCUUAUAUGUACUUGAGACAUUUGUAUUACAUUUUAUGGUUAUUAAAGAAAAUAUAAGUCUCUGUU